AUGGCCACAUCGGCCCCACUGCGGAGCCUGGAAGAGGAGGUGACCUGCUCUAUCUGCCUGGAUUACCUGCGGGACCCUGUGACCAUCGACUGCGGUCAUGUCUUCUGCCGCAGCUGUACCACCGAUGUCCGCCCUGUGACAGGGGGCCGCCCUGUCUGCCCACUCUGCAAGAAGCCUUUUAAGAAGGAGAACAUCCGCCCCGUGUGGCAACUGGCCAGCCUUGUGGAGAACAUUGAACGGCUGAAAGUGGACAAGGGUCGACAGCCAGGGGAGGGGGCCCGGGAGCAGCAGGAAGCCAAGAUGUGCGAGCGGCACCAGGAAAAGCUUCACUACUACUGUGAGGAUGACGGGAAGCUGCUGUGUGUGAUGUGCCGGGAGUCCCGGGAACACCGACCUCACACAGCCGUCCUCCUAGAGAAGGCUGCCCAGCCUCACAGGGAAAAAAUCCUGAACCACCUGACUACCCUCAGGAGAGACAGAGACAAAAUUCAGGGCUUCCAGACCAAGGGAGACGCCGAUAUCCUGGCUGCAUUGAAGAAGCUUCAGGACCAGAGGCAGUGCAUCGUGGCCGAGUUUGAGAAGGGCCACCAGUUCCUGAGGCAGCGGGAGCAGCAUCUGCUGGAGCAGCUGACGAAGCUGGAGCAAGAGCUUACAGAGGGCAGGGAGAAAUACAAGGCCAGGAGUGUCGGGGAGCUCGCCCGGCUGGCGCUGGUCAUCUCUGAGCUGGAAGGCAAGACACAACAGCCUGCUGCAGAGUUCAUGCAGGAUACUAGAGACUUCUUAAACAGGUACCCACGCAAGAAGUUCUGGAUUGGGAAACCCAUCGCCCGGGUAGUUAAAAAAAGAACUGGAGAAUUUUCAGAUAAGCUUCUCUCUCUGCAGCGAGGCCUGAGAGAAUUCCAAGGAAAGUUGCUGAGAGACCUGGAAUAUAAGACAGUGAGUGUCACUCUGGACCCACAGUCAGCCAGCGGGUACCUGUUGUUAUCAGAGGAUUGGAAGUGUGUGACCUACAGCAACUUGUACCGAAGUAGCUAUUUGUAUCCCCAGCAGUUUGACUGUGAACCUGGGGUACUGGGCAGUAAGGGCUUUACCUGGGGCAAGGUCUACUGGGAAGUAGAGGUGGAACGAGAGGGCUGGUCUGAGGAUGGAGAGGAGGGGGACGAGGAGGAAGAAGUAGAAGAGGAGGAGGAGGAAGAGGAGGCAGGCUACGGGGAUGGAUAUGAUGAAUGGGAAACAACAGAUGAGGAUGAGGAAUCGUUGGGGGAUGAAGAGGAAGAAGAGGAAGACGAGGAGGAAGAAGCUCUGGAAAGCUGCAUGGUGGGGGUGGCCAGAGACUCUGUCAAGAGGAAGGGUGGCCUCUCCCUGAGUCCAGAGGAUGGCGUGUGGGCGCUGCGCCUCUCUUCCACGGGCAUCUGGGCCAACACUAACCCUGAGGCUGAGCUCUUUCCGGCUCUGCGGCCCCGGAGAGUGGGCAUUGCCCUGGAUUAUGAGGGGGGCACCGUGACUUUCACCAAUGCAGAGUCACAAGAACUCAUCUACACCUUCACUGCCACCUUCACCCGGCGCGUGGUUCCUUUCCUGUGGCUCAAGUGGCCCGGAACGCGCCUCCUGCUGAGACCGUGA